AUCCCUAUCGGCUAUCACUGCAACGGACUGGCCACCGUCCAAUCCCAGCUCAAUCGCUCAAGCUCUGCUUUUAUCCGACCUCUUACAUUUCUCCCGGCGAACGCCAUCAAUUUGGUCUCCUGCCUUCCUCCUACUCAGGUUCGUUACUUCGAUUUCUCUGCCCUUGAUUAUCUGUCAUUGGAGUGGGCUUCGAUUUCUCUUCUCAUCUGUCACGCACGCAGUCAUCUUAGCCUCUGCCUGCACCUCAAGUAUUGCAAUUUUAGAAGAGAUUUACAUAAUCUAUGGAAGCAAGUCUGCUGGUAAAUUCUGUCUCCAAUUUUCACGUGCAGUCCACAAAACCAGUUGCCUUUAAAACUGCACUUCCAAUUGUGAACCCAAAAAUUCACCUGAGCUCCAGAUUCAAAUUCCGCUGCUGCUUAAACCCUGGACAGAGGAAGCACCGACCAAUUAACGGUGGUGUGGUGGUUGAAACUGCUGAUUACAUAGAUGAUGAUGAUGAUGAUGACGAUGACGAUGAUGGUGGUGGUCAAGUGGAGGAGAACGAGCAUCGAGUUCAAAAUGGAAAGAGCUCAAGUUCAACGAAUUGGGAGGCAGAGUUUCUUGGUGAAAUUGGCUCGUCCGGGAAGAAGAAAAAGCAGCCAAAAUCUAGAUAUUUUCCAGAAACUGAUCAAAUGGAUUGGUGUGUUAGGGCUAGGAAGGUUGCAUUGCAAUCUAUUGAGGCCAGAGGACUGAAGGCGAAAAUGGAGAGCUUGGUCAGACAUGAGAAGAAAAAGAAAAAGAAGAAGAAGCAACCCAUGAUAAGCAAAAAAACACUGGUGGACACCGCCGACGAUUUUGAUGAAGAGGAGGACGAUGAAGAUCUGGAUUUUGAUAUCAAUGAGGCAGCCUUUGAUUCUGCAGAUUCUUUGGGUAAAAACGGUCAUCUUAAGAGAACGGUGAGCUUGAUUGCACGGGGGAUGUUUGAAGAGAGGAAGGAGAAAUCUAUGGAAACAUUUGUUCAGAGACUUUCUCAGUUUUCAGGACCUUCUGACCGUAGAAAGGAGAUAAAUUUGAAUAAGUUGAUUGUUGAUGCGCCAACUGCUGAGGAGGUUUUAGAGGUUACAGGUGAUAUAAUCACAGCUGUUGCAAAAGGGCUUCAUCCAUCGCCUCUUUCACCUUUGAAUAUUGCGACAGCAUUACAUAGGAUUGCCAAGAGUAUGGAGAGAACCUCGAUGGUGAGGACUCGGAGAUUGGCGCUUGCUAGACAAAGAGAGAUGUGUAUGCUUGUGGGAAUGGCAAUGACCACCUUGCCUGAGUGUUCCGCACAGGGAGUUUCCAACAUUGCAUGGGCCUUGUCCAAGAUUGGCGGAGAGCUUCUUUACAUGUCUGAAAUGGACAGGGUGGCGGAAGUGGCCUUGACUAAAGUAUCUGAGUUCAACUCUCAGAAUGUUGCUAAUAUAGCAGGUGCUUUUGCUUCCAUGCGGCACUCUGCUCCGCAACUCUUUUCAGAAUUGUCGAACAGGGCUUCGCAUAUAAUAGACACUUUUCGUCCCCAAGAGAUCGCCCAAGUAUUAUGGGCUUUUGCUUCUCUGUAUGAGCCUGCAGACCCUCUUCUGGACUCUCUUGACAGCUUUUCUGUGGAUGUGAGUCAGUUCGAUUUUCGCUCAGCCAGUGAAACAUCUUAUCUUGAUGAUGAGGGAGGAGCAGAGGACAGUGGAGACAGCAAAUCAGCAGCACAUACAGGCAGCAUGACACUAACCUUUGCCAGGGACGAGCUGGGUUGCAUAUCUUGGUCGUAUGCUGUGCUAGGACAAUUAGAUCGUGCCUUCUUCUCCUGCGCCUGGAGAACAUUGAGCCAUUUUGUGGAGCAAGGGAUUUCUGAGCAGUACAGGGAAGAUGUGAUGUUCUGCUCGCAGCUGCACUUGGUGAAUCAAUGCCUGAAACUAGAGUAUCCACAUCUUAGAAUGGCGCUGCCGAAUGAGGUGGAGGAUAAAAUUGAACGUGCUGGAAGAGCAAAGAAGUUCAAUGAGAAGGUGAGUUCGUCGUUCCAGAAGGAGGUGUGUCGCCUGCUUGUAAGCACUGGGCUUGAUUGGGUGAAGGAGUAUACAGUGGAGGGCUACACUCUGGAUGCAGCCAUUGUUGAUCAGAGGGUUGCUUUGGAAAUCGACGGGCCCACUCAUUUCUCGAGAAAUUCUGGAGUUCCACUGGGGCAUACAAUGCUGAAACGCCGCUGGAUAAAUGCAUCUGGGUGGAAGCUUGUGUCGGUGUCGCUUCAGCAAUGGGAAGAACAUGAAGGUGAAUUUGAGCAGCUGGAGUAUCUUAGGAGGAGAAUCCGCGAUGGUACAUCCACCCAUGCCGUAGGAACUCACUCUACUCACUAAGCAUAAUGACAAUUGGCAGACAAAAGGUGGGAAGGGAAGGGACGACAGGAGCCAAGCCAACACCAUUGCUACUCACUUGUGUCUCUGUUCUAUCUCUAUUUCCUUGUCAUUCUGUAGUUUUGCUUGGGACUAUAGAUAGAUAGAUAGAUAGAUAGAUAUAGAUAGAUUGAUUGAUAGAUAGACAGACAGAUGGCUGGCAGCGCGCACAUCCUGUAUUUUGUCUGUUUAACUAAACUACGUACACAUCAUUUGUAUGUAUAUAGCCAAAAUCUUUGUAGCA